GUGGCGGCUGGGCCUGCCAGUCAGAGCCGGCCCGCCCUCCGCGGGCUCUCCGGGCUCCGUUUUGUUCUUGGGUUGCCGCCGCCGCCCGACUCGGUUUCCGACCUCCCUCACUUUGUUCGCCUCUCGCCGCCAGGCUUGUUCUCCCGGCUCAGCGAGCCGCCGCUGUGCGGUGCGCCCUCCCGAGCCGCAGCCGCGCGCUGCCUGGGACUGGGAUCAGCUGCGCGGAGACAGGCCUGUGCGGGCGGGCGGGUCUGUGCGGGGGACAGGAGCGGCUCAAGGUCUGCGGGGAGGCAGCGCAGAGAUCCCCAUUGCGAUAGCGGACCCCACAGAUCCCCAUUAUUAUAGAGGGUUUGCUGGUGAGAUCGCUAUAGGGAAGCUCAGCGAUCCCCACAGCUGUAGGGGUAGCUCAGAGAUCCCCACUGCUAUAGGGAAGCUCAGAGAUCCCCACUGCUAUAGGGGAAGCUCAGAGAUCCCCACUGCUAUAGGGGAAGCUCAGAGAUCCCCACUGCUAUAGGGGUAGCUCAGAAAUCUCCACUGCUAUAGGGAAGCUCAGAGAUCCCCACUGCUAUAGGGGAAGCUCAGAGAUCCCCACUGCUAUAGGGGAAGCUCAGAGAUCCCCAUUGCUAUAGGGGAAGCUCAGAGAUCCCCACUGCUAUAGGGGUAGCUCAGAAAUCUCCACUGCUAUAGGGAAGCUCAGAGAUCCCCACUGCUAUAGGGGAAGCUCAGAGAUCCCCACUGCUAUAGGGAAGCUCAGAGAUCCCCACUGCUAUAGGGGAAGCUCAGAGAUCCCCACUGCUAUAGGGGAAGCUCAGAGAUCCCCACUGCUAUAGGGGUAGCUCAGAGAUCCCCACUGCUAUAGGGAAGCUCAGAAAUCCCCACUGCUAUAGGGGAAGCUCAGAGAUCCCCAUUGCUAUAGGGGUAGCUCAGAGAUCCCCAUUGCUAUAGGGGUAGCUCAGAGAUCCCCACUGCUAUAGGUAAUACCUAGAUCUCCAGCACAGUAAGGUUUAGCUUGGCCUGGGUCUUUCAGCCCUAACUGUGGAGCAGCACCUGUGUCCUCCUGCUAUCAAGGGUGAGCCCUGUUACCUGCCCGCUGGAGGCAUCCAGUGCCACCACUCUCGGCAAGAAAGGCCCAGAGACACACAGGAGCGGAGGUAACGCGGGGCUGAUGUGAUCCCAUCCCACCAGUGCCAGAGGAGGGAUGGAUGGAGAACUUCACGCCACUGUCCUCGGGGCAAAAAAUGGUGUCUGAAACACACAGUAGCGCCUGCCAGGCCUCCUUUCAGGAUACUUCAUUACGAAGCAGCAGGAAUUGACCCACAGACGUGGCUUCUGCAGUGACUUUAACUGAGGAAAUCAUGCUCCCCCAAAUGAACGGAAGGCUUUCUUGCUGCUCUCUCCUCCUGUUAUGUACUUGUUACAUGUCUGCGGCAAGAAAUGCAAAUACACUGCAAGAGCUGAGCCCCCAGGAGUAUUUCGGUAGCUUGCAGCCGGGAAGAGCAUCCCUAGUUUAUUUUAGUCGAGACGCUCUUAUUGGUGUUUCAGUUUCUCCAGGUGCCCGUCUGUUUCUGGAACAGCUAGAGAACUCAGUUGGAGCGCUCCAGGACUAUGGGAUUUCAGUGGUGAAGGUUAAUUGUCUCAAAGAAGAGGUAUCAAGAUAUUGUGGGAAAGAAAAUGCCUUAAUGAAAGCAUACCUGUUCAGAGGUAACGUGUUGCUCAGAGAAUUCCCCACAGAUGCCCUGUUCGAUGUGAAUGCCAUUGUAGCCAAUAUCCUGUUUGCCCUCCUCUUUAACGAAGUUAAAUAUAUUACAACGCUGGUGGAGCUUCAGAAUCUAGAAAAUUCUCUGAAGCGAAGAUCAAAUGUCGUUUUUGCCUAUGUGCCAGCAAUUGGAACACCAGAGCACAGAGCAGUAAUGGAAGCUGCUUUUGUACAUGGGACUGCUCACCAGUUUGUUUUAACCACAGAAGUGGCGCUGUUGAAGACCAUUGGCUGUGAAGAUUCUGAUGCAUUGUCUGCUCGUCUCUUCUUCUGCCAUUGUCAGCGGGUCCCGGAUCUGACCCAGCCGUGCAGGAGGACUCCCAUGGAGCAGUCACUGACCACGCUGAACAUCCACACGUAUCUCAAACUGAUGGCAGAACCCCUUGUGACUGAAGUUGCUGAAGAUCCAGAAAAGGUUUCAACUGUCCACCUACAGCUCGGCCUGCCGCUGGUAUUUAUUCUCAGUCAGAAGGAGACCUAUGAAGUUGAUAAGAGAACUGCUGAGUUUGUUGCAUGGCAGCUGCUGGGGAAAGCAGGAGUUGCCCUCUUAUCAAGGGAUUCCGUAGAUCUGAACGUUCUUCUCCGGUCUAACGUGGCCCUCAAGACAGCAGAAGAGGGUGCGCCGAUCAAAUACCUGGUUUUGGAAGAUACUGAUGAAAUAAUAGCCCUUGUGGAAGACAAGAUAAAGGGCGAACAGAUCCAGGAAGAUGAGGAUGAAAGUGACAAUAAUGACCAGGAAAUUCAAGAUGAUCAGGUGAUGGAAGCGGUUUACAGAGACAGGAAGCGAGAACUCCCUUUGGAACUCAUCCGUACCCUGACAGAAGAAACUUUUACUGCUGCUCUGACGGAGACCGCCCACGUGGUGGUGCUAUUCUACGCCAGUUGGGAAGCGGUGUCCCUGGCGAUGUUGCAGUCGUAUGUAGAGGUGGCCAUUGCAUUAAAAGGAACCCAAGGAAUUUUGCUUGCCAAAGUAAAUUGCUGGGACUGGCCUGAUGUCUGCAUGAAGCAGAAUGUCACUCAAUUUCCCAUUACCAAGAUGUAUGAGAAGGGAGCAAGACCACUGACUUACACUGGCAUGCUCGGAACAGCGGAGCUGCUCAGAUUCCUCAGGCUAAGCAGCAUUUCCUGCCCUGUGAAGCUGACCACGAUUGAAGAAGUGGACGAUUAUUUAAGUGGAGAAGUUUAUGCCGACUCGUCAUCAUACCACAGCACAUCAGUUCUGGGAAUAUUUCACCCUAGCAUGAAAGAAGCAAGGGAAGCUUUUGUCAAAGCAGGAAACAUGCUCCGGGGAUAUGUAACAAUAGGACUGUAUGCUGAAGAUGAUGCGUUGGUUCUGGCCCGUAAAUAUGCUGUUCCUCUCCCAGUGCUGCUUCUCGCUAGGCAUGAAGAUCACAGACUAGAUAGCAUCCCGCUGUCAAAACAGAGUGCACUGGACAUAGUUCAGACAAUCAGGUCCCAAUUACUGGAAACAUUUCCAGAAAUCACAGUGGAAAAUCUCCCCCACUACUUGAGCCUGGAAAAACCCUUACUCAUUUUGUUCAGCGAUGGAGGCCUAAAUCAAAGAGUGAGAAUGGAAAUGUUGAGUUUGGCGAAUGGAAAAGGCCACGAGGCAUUUCUCGCUUGCUGGAUGAACCUGAAAACCACUCCUGUAGGCAGAGGAGUCCUGAAGGCAUAUUUCAGCAUUCCACCUCCUCUGCCACUUCUUGCCUGGGUGAACCUUCAUUCCGGCGGGGAAGUAUUUGCAUUUCCUUCGGACCAAUCUGUCACCGAAACGAACAUUUUGUCUUGGCUCGAGAAAUUAAUAGCCGGGCUCGAGAUUCCCAGCACUACUUUGUCUGAUGAAGCCUGGAAGCCUCCUCUUCCUGCUUACAAUUUCUUACACAUGAUGAAGGCCACCCUCCCUGAAUUCACAGUGCACACAGUUUAUAGUCGUGGUGGCACCGAUGAGCUGCAGCAGGCAGAGGAGGUCUCUGAGGAGAAGCCGACUGUCCGAGAGGAGCAGGUGGAAGAACCGGGGCUGGAAGCAGAGAAAGGCCAGUCGCCAGGGAGAGACUUGCGUGGCACGGCCCCAAGGCUGGCAGGAAGAGAGAAGCCACCCAAGCGACACACGGAGCUGUGAUGGCCAACGAUCAGCCUACGGGUGCUAAUGAAGGCCGUUAGAAGGGUGACCAGGAUGUUCCUCCCAUGCUGAUCCAGCAUUUAAAAUGGUCACAGCAAUUCUUUAAACCCAAAAGGGAUGAGGUUGUGUGAGAAACUGGCCAUGGAGUGAAGGCCGCAGCAGGAUUACUAUUUAAAGCCCCAUUUCCAAGCUGAUCAAGCGCAGGUCAUUCUGUCUAGCACUACGAUCUGCGUUACCACUGCCGGUCUCUGAGAAUGUUCCUGCGGGUGCAUCCCAAUGGCCAGAUGGUCAGGUCACUGCAUAAAUCUCACCCGUUGUAUUGCGUUUCAUGGCAAAUCAGGAAAGGAAAUAGCUUGGCAUUCUGCUUUUUGCAAGCUGAUCAGGAUGUGAACAAGCUAAUUCCUAUGGCUGAGGGCUCUGUCCACACACCGAACUCACCCAGUCUAGUUAAAGCCAUAGUGUACGCGCAGUUAUACUGGUAUAAAUGUGAUUACACCAGCAUAAGGCACCUUUAUACCGGUAUAACUGCGUCCACACUAGGAGCUGUACUGGUAUAACUAUGUCGGUAGAAAAAUCACACCCCUCAUGGAAAUAGUGACAUCGGUACAAAAGCCGCGUGUGGCGCUGGCCUUAGAAAAGGGGAGCGGAGUGCGGAAGACAAACACACUGGACUUCCCAGGUCUUGUCUUUCCCCUGACUGCUUGGGUAGGCCUAGCUCUGCGCAGCUGAGUCCAUCACUCUGCUGUUUCGGAGCAGGGAUGGGCCCGGACAUACAAACUGGCUGGCUCCCUGCAGGCUGAUUGCAGGCAGCCGUCACCAAUCAUCUCACAGUUCCUCCCGUGAUGACUAGUCAGGGGGCUGCGACGUGAGCAGACUAGGAAGGGAGAGCGCGGAAGGACAGCCGUUCAGAGCUGGGCAGAAGGCAUCAGGGUUUAAAAGGAAGAUUUAAAAAGAUUUAAAAAGAGAGCCAAGGCUGCUGGGAGAUCUGUUUCACAUCCUCUUCCAGAUUGGGAGACUUACCACCCCGGAAAAAGGCAGCAUCCCUUCGGCGCUUGCUUCCCUUUUACAAUCAAGGGUGGUGGUAAUCCACGUUCCCUCUAUGGUGCACGGCGAUGCAGGAGGCUGCACAGUUAAUUAGCAGAGCCGCACUGCACUCGGAUGUGGCCACGGUUGGGCCUGGAAGAUGGCAGUGGGGUGAGGUGGGGGCUGGUGGUGGGAUGGGGUGUGCGGGGCUACGGUGAGGAGAGACGCCUCUCCCUCCCAGCCCUGGGGCUGCGGCGAUGGGGCGAGAGGCCUCUCCCUCCCAGCCCUGGGGCUGCAGUGGGGGGAGAGACGCUCUCCCCCAGCCCAAGUGCUACUGAGGGGAGAGAGGGCUCGGGGGAGUCCUUUCUCCACGCCCCAGCCCCGGGGCAGCCUACACCCCAAACCCCUCAUCCCCCGGCCCCACCCCAGAGACCACACCUCCAGCUGGAGCCCUCCCCCCUGCACCCCAACCCUCUGCCCCAACUCUGAGCCCCCUCCCAAACUCCAAACCCUUCAGCCCCACCUCCACCACACAUCACCUCCAUAUUGGUGCACAUAACAAGAAAUCAUUCUGCACAGGGGUGGGAAAAAUUAGCGGGAACACUGAUGGUAACGUAUUCAUUUGUGGCGCCUAAUCCACAGGGGCUACUCACGGGGGCCUGGGCUGCAGGAUCAGGCACCUGCUAGGAAGGGAAGAAGGCCUGGUCAAGAUCCGUUGAAGGCCGCGGGAAUGUUUGUGCAUAGGAUCAGCUGGCAUCCGCUCAUUUCAACAAACUGCCCUUGGAACGAGCCCUUCACACCACUGGGCUCAAUUGCCCAGACUCCUUUAUAGUGUUAACACACGCACAAAAAUGCUAAUCAAUUGCUCAGAGCAUUGUAAAAUGCUGUGUUUUCCCAGACCUGCAUGCUGCUUAGGUACCCCAGUAAUGGGAGUUAUUUGGAAUGCCUGGUUGGAUAGAAAUAGACGUAGAGCUGUUUGGUUUUCCCGAGGUCCCUGACUGAAACAGACCGUUUCUUGACCUAGUUUUGAAGGCAGGCUUCAAAGCACACGUUUCUUUUUUUUCUUCAAGGUUGUAUUAUGAAUCUAACACAGGCCUAUCGGUUAAUCGCAGUUAACUCAUGAGAUUAACUCCAAAAAAUGAAUCGCGAUUAAUCACAGUUUUCAUCACACUGUUAAGCAAUAGAAUACCGGUUGAAAUGUAUUAAAUAUUUUUGGAUGAUUUUCUACAUUUUCAAAUAUAUUGAUUUCUAUGACAACACAGAGUAAAAAGGGUACAGCGCUCCCUUUACAGUAUUAUUUUUAUUACAAAUAUUUGCACUGUAAAAAUGAUAAACAAAAGAAACAGUAUUUUUCAAUUCACCUCAUACAAGUACUGUCAUGCAAUCUCUUUAUCAUGAAAGUGCAACUGACAAAUGUAGAUUUUUUUUUGUUACGUAACUGUACUCAAAAACAAAACAAUGUAAAACUUUAGAGCCUGCAAGUCCACUCAGUCCUACUUCUUAUUCAGCCAAUCGCUAAGACAAACAAGUUUGUUUACAUUUACGGGAAAUACUGCUGCCAGCUUCUUAUUUACAAUGUCACCUGAAAGUGAGAACAGGCGUUUGCACGGCACUUUUGUAGCUGGCGUUGCAAGGUAUUUACGUGCCAGAUAUAAAAAUUUUAUUAAAGCUAAUGUAAAAAUUAUAUAAUGCACAGGUUGAGAAAAAAGAAAAGGAGUACUUGUGGCACCUUAGAGACUAACCAAUUUAUUUGAGCAUGAGCUUUCGUGAGCUACAGCUCACUUCAUCGGAUGCAUCACGAAAGCUCAUGCUCAAAUAAAUUGGUUAGUCUCUAAGGUGCCACAAGUACUCCUUUUCUUUUUGCGAAUACAGACUAACACGGCUGUUACUCUGAAACCUGUCAUUAUGCAAGGUUGAGAAAAGUGUGUCUGUACAUCUGGAUAUAGUGUUUAGAUUAUCCACAGAUACAAAGUUUGUUUAAAAACUUAUAAAAUAACAUCUAGUACAUAAUCUGCAAUAACCCAAAUUCAGAUGAAUAAAUUUAAUGAUACAGUUUAGAUAUUUGAAUCCGAAUACUCAGGUACCUCACUCAAGAAAAGUUAUACAGAGAGUUAGUUGUAGAAGCUAUAGGAAGGAGUGUAGAUUGUCCCUCAGUAAUUGAGCAUUUAGGAUGUGCUGUCCCUUAAUAGAUAUAAUCAAUCAGAGAAUUUUUUCAGUUACUUUCUGAUUUCGCUUCUCUUCAGCACUCCAGCUCAUCUCUCCUGGUAUUGCCGAUGUCUGGUUCUAGAUAGAUGUCCCUUGAAAACGUAGAAAACAUCCAAAAAUAUUUAAACAAAUUGUAUUCUAUUAUUGUUUAACAGUGCGAUUUAAUUUUUUUAAACGCUUGACAGCCCAUACCUAAUAUAAAAAGAGCAGGAGCCUGUAGUGCUGUGAACUAUUCCCAAGGGAAAUAAAGGGAACAAAGUGAACUGGAUCCUCAGCUGGUGUCGAUCCGUUCUAGUCUACGGAGGUUCUGAUGCCACGCUCUUCACUAGUAGCUGAGCGCCUUCUAGUAGUGACUGAAGCAACAUGACCUACAUCUGGGACAUGCUCUUUGCUCUCUCAUCCUAUCCCCAGGAGGAGAAGCGUGCGCAGGGGUGUGCUUUCUUUUGGAAUUUUUUAUAACCUAUACCCAGGGUCUGCGGAGCGCCAUUGGCUUCGGUGUGAUGACUGACAAUCGAGGAUCUGGCCCGGUGUGUUUCAUUAGUAAGGCCCUACCAAAGUCACCCUCCAUUUUGGUCAAUUUCACAGCCGUGAUAUUUUAAAAAUCAUAAAUGUCAUGAGUUCAGCUAUUUAGAUCUGAAAUUUCCUGGUGUUGUAAUUGCAGGGGUCCUGACCCAAAAAGGAGUUGGGGGGGGGCGGGUCGCAAGGUUAUUGUAGGGGGAUUUGGGGGUACGGCCACCCUUACUUCUGGGCUGCUGCUGGUGGCAACGCUGCCUUCAGAGCUGGGCACCCAGCCAGCAGCUGCUGCUCUGCAGCCGCCCAGCUCUGCAGGCAGCGCAGAAGCAAGGGUGGCAAUAGUGCGACCCCCCUAAAAUAACCUUGUGACCCCCCUGCAACGUCCUUUCGGUCAGGACCCCCAAUUUGAGAAACGCUGUCUGCCCCAGGAAAUAUGUGUCGUAUUGGGUAAAAGCACACAAAAGACCAGAUUUUGUGGGAGGAGACCAGAUUUCACAGUCCGUGACACGUUUUUCAUGGCCUCGAAUUUGGUAGGGCCCUAUUCAUUAGUGUAAGUGUGCUCACCGGAAGGUGUGAUCUCUCUCUCGGCCCACUGAAUGCUUACUUGUCAGAGGACCUGCUGAUCUGAAAUGGAGUUUGUGCCAAGGGAAGGGUGUUCAGAUAUCCCUGCUCUUCCUGACUGUUCCCUCUGUAAUUUGGCUGCGUGGCAGGGAUGCUGUUACCAGGUAGGAGUGCAAGAGCCUCACCUUUGUUCCUGGCACUACAGGCCGCCCUUGUGUGGAAGGCGGGUGGGGAGGGAUCGUUUUUAAAAUGCGAACGGCCCCGUGAGAAUUGAACCCACAAACUAGACCUUUGUGCUCGCUGCAGCCCGCUGCUCUCACCUGCAACGUCCCGCUUGGAAGGAGCGCACAGGGAGGGAGGCUUUGAAAGGCAGAUGAUUGUGCUAACAGCUGAAUCGCUGGUCAUGAACACACGUGGAGUUCUCUGCUAGCAGCAGGGAGAGCUUGCUGGCAUUAGCCACUCUACACCGAGUUACACUCCAAUAAUUGUCGCGUUGGGCCUGAUCCUGUUGAAAUCUAAGUGAGUUUUACUGUUGACGUUAGUGGGAGCAGGAGUGGACCCUUCACUGCCCCCCGAACAAGGCCCUAUACGCUGCUCAAGACCCACAGGCUGAUGGAGGCUUUAAAUGAUGCCCAGUUUAGGCUCUCUUUGCUGUCGUGAACUUCACUUUUGGUUCAUAGGCACAACCACUAAGGGAAAUUCCAUCCACUGUUCACAGCUCUUGGAGAAAAAGAAGCAAGGGAUUAUUAAGGUGUCUAUGCCAGAAAUCUUUAAAUGGAGCCAAAGGGAAUGACGACGAUUAAUAUCCCCCUCUUUGUCUAAUGCACGUUUAAUAGCAAUGCAGCCUUUGUGUGUGAGCAGGGAAAAGUUGACAUGACAGCAAAUGCCCCAGUACAGGUAUGUUGCUGUCUUUUAUCUACACCAAAUCAAAUCUAAAUACUAAGGUCUUAGGCUGGCACUAUUCAUUUUGAGCCAGAUCCAGGAAAUGUCCAUGUGUUAAAUGUUAAAUUGAGAUUGGAUGGCUUGUUCUGAAGUUAUUGGCUUGGUUCGGAAAUCACUGUGUGGAAUGCAAUGGCCUGUGUUAUGCAGGGGAUCAGUCUGAAUGAAAGCCCUAAAAUCUAUGAAUAACUGCUCGGGUGAGUAGCCGUGCAGUGGGACUAUUCACCCAAGUAAAGCUAACCAUGUGCAGAAGGGUUUGCAGGAUCAGAGCCCUGAGUAGUCCCAUUGAAGUCAGUAGCAGUUUUGCCUGAGUGAGGAGCACAGUAUCGGGUCCUAAAACAUGUUGGAUUAUUCAGGUUUAGUCUGGGAUUUUUAGCUGAGAAGCUGUACUGAAUUUUCCGACACCAGCAGAAAACGUAAGACCAGACCGAUCCGUGCAUAUAGGAGAGAACUCAUCAGAUGUCUGAGGUAUACUGCUGCAGUGUUUGGUUAUCAUCAGAAUGCCCACAGUUCUCUUCAUCAGCUGAGAAAAGGGCUCUGGGUUACACUGAUGUAUUUGCUUUGGGUCCGAAGCAAUCCCGGGGAAGGAUAAUGGAUGGACACAGUAGCAAGAGGGAAAAAAUCAUCGACAAACCUAAUCCAUUCAGGUGGUUUUGAGUGGGAAAAAAAACACUGUGUUUGUAGGAAGAGGUCUUGAAUCCUUAGGGUACGUCUACACUGCAGUGUAAGCUCAGGGUUCAGACCCAGGCUCAAGGCUAACGCCCUUUCUGUCUAAACACAAAUCACGCUAGUCCAAGGCUUGGACCCAGAGUCCCAGGACUCCACAGGGAUGCAGGGUCUGAGCCUGAGUCAAGCCGGGACCCAGGGUUCAAGCCGUAUUGCUUUGCAACAUAGACACAGCCCCACUCGAUGCGUGCUCUGGGAGUCUGCCAAAAGUAUCACACAAGCCAACUUUCUUUGUUCUCUGGACAGUCAAGUUUGGUGGACGAUCAAGUUUUCUCACACUACACCCUGAACAAAGGGGUAGAAUGGCCCCACAUUUGCGGAGGAUGCUAGGAAUUCUGAGAUAUGGGUGGUUGGACUUGGGCACACAUAAUACAGGGAAGACGAAGGAGCCCAAGGUGAGACCCAGGGUUCAAGAAUUCCUAACCGGGGUUACAAAUGAGUGGAGAUGCUCAAGCUUUUAACAAACCCAGCAUCGGCUAGCUCAAGUUCUGCUAUUCCUGGGCUUACAUUGCAGUAGAAUAGCAUUAAGAUACAGAAUGAAUCCAUGUCGUGCUUCAAAACAGAAGUCCUUUUCAGUGCACGGUAUGUGUCAAGGGACUGGAAUGAGGCCAAUGAUCUUUGUGUGACUGUGUGUAUUGAUGCAUUUAAGUUAAAUGAAGCACAACUACAGUGAGCAUCAAUUAUAUCCAUUUCCUUCUCGGACAUUGAGUAUUAAAGUGUCAUUUCAUCUGUUUAAGCCGCAGAUCUGUAUUUCCCAGGACGUUGUGUUUGAGAAUUGCAUGUGUAGGGCAUGGUGACUCGAUGUUAUGUGCACCUUAGACACGUGGUAUUGACCUUUCCGGUCUUUUCACUGAACACUUUUUUCUUUUUUUGACUGUGUGCAGUUUACUGGGACAUAAUAAAGCUGGUAACUUUCA